GAGACACAAAGACGGUCUGAAGCUCCUGGCGUAGUUACAAAAAGAGUGAUUUGAUUUUUCCAGCAGACAAAAUGGCCAAGUGGUUCAUUUUGAGCGCUUUACUGCUAGCCAGUUGUGCGGUGCAUGGUAAGCCCACAUUUGGCAGGGAACAUGUGCAUAUUCGCAUCCAUCUGGCCGAUGAACAUGGUGAUCAUGGUGAUCAUGGUCAUGGAGGCGGUGGUGGCCAUGGAUAUGGCGGUGGCGGUGGACAUGAUGACAUAAUCGGACCAUUAACAGGUGGACUAUUGGGCGGUGGCUUGAUCGGUGGUGGUCAUGGCGGGGGUGGCGGCCAUGGUCACGGUGGCGGUGGUGGUCAUCACGAAACCAUCAUUUUAGAUGGUGGUGGUCACGGUGGUGGUGGCGGUGGUGGAGGUCAUGGACACGGCGGCGGCGGUGGUGCUCAUCAUGAAACCAUCAUUUUAGAUGCUGGAGGUCAUGGUGGUGGUGGCGGAGGUGGAGGUCAUGGACACAGUGGCGGCGGCGGUGGUCAUCAUGAAACCAUCAUUUUAGAUGGUGGUGGUCAUGGUGGCGGACAUGGCGGCGGAUACGGUGGCGGUCAUGGUGGUGGUCAUGGUGGCGGUCACGGAGGUGGUGCUGAAACUCAUACACUUAUCAUAUCGGACGCAGGUGGUCAUGGUGGACACGGUGGUAGCGGUGGCGGCGGCUACGGUGGCGGAUACAGUGCAGGCGGACAUGGAGGUCAUGGCGGUGGGGCAGCUCACGUGGAUACUUAUGCCAUCAUCAAAGAAUCUGGUAGUGGUUAUAGUGCAGGCGGUCAUGGUGGAUAUGGCGGUGGUGGCGGUGGCGGCGGUGGCGGUGAUUCACAUCACAUAGCUAAGAUAGCAGCAUUAGCAGCAACAACUGGUGGAUCCCACAGCAGCGGCGGCGGCGGUUAUAGUGGUGGCGGCUAUGGCGGUGGCGGUCAUGAUGCCGGCCAUUUAGCUGCUGUAGCAGCCGCAGCAGAUGCAUCCGGACAUGGAGGCAGUAGUGGCGGUUAUGGUGGUGGUGGCUACGGCGGUGGCGGUCAUGAUGCCAGCCAUUUAGCAGCAGUGGCAGCCGCAGCAGAUGCAUCCGGACAUGGAGGCAGUAGUGGCGGUUAUGGUGGUGGUGGCUACGGCGGAGGCGGUUAUGGUGGAGGCGGUUACAGCAGCGGCGGUGACGCACAUUCGAUUGCCAACAUUGCAGCAAUAGCAGCUUCAAGCGACUCACAUGGUAGUGGCGGCGGCGGCGGGUAUGGCGGUGGUGGCCACAGUGGAGGUGGUGGCUACAGUGGUGGUGGUGGCUACAGCGGUGGUGGUGGCUACAGCGGUCAUGUCGACACAGCUAUUGUCGCCUCAGCAGCUAGCGCGCACAGCGGCUCAAGCGGCGGCGGCGGUGGUGGAGGCUACAAUUAUGCACCAUCGUCCGGUAGCGGCUGGCAAUCAUCUGGUAGCGGAUGGCAAUCAUCUGGCAGCGGCGGUUGGGCGACGUCAGGAGGUGGCGGCGGCGGCAGUGGCUGGUAUAAACGCUGAUGAGCGCCGCGUAUUGACAACGCGCUCAUACAUAAAACAGCCACCCAAAGUUUAGUUGCUAAGCAAGCGCAUAAAUAUGUUUUCUAAUGUUGUAGAUACGCCUAAGAUUAAGCAUAUUUAUUCUAGUCCACUAAUGUUGAGGCCAAGAAUAGCUGAGCAGCCUGAGAAAGAGAUGGAAAGAGGCGUGCUACACAUGCGCCUCCGUCGUCAACGUCUGCCAUUUGAAUUAAUUGAAAGGUCAAAGGUCAUGCGGCUGUUCGCCACAAAUAUCACGUCACGCCUCAGCUCAUUCAUUUUAAAUUAUGAUCGACAAACGCAAAUCAUUGUUUUUUGUUUUACAU